AUGAUUACGACGAUCGUAAACGGUCGAUUACAACCAAAUCAAACCGAAAAAGCUUAUGGUAAAACAAACUCUGACAGACGUUAUGUUUUGGUACUUCAAUCAGAUAAAACUGUGACAUUAAUGAUCCAAAAACAACAUUAUAAUGGUAAGUGCUCUUGUCCCUUGCAAUCGUUUUUUUAUCUUUUCUAUUACUCAACAGUCGCGACUAACUCGCGGCGCGAUCGCGAUCGCUAUUAUCUCGCGCUUGUCGCGAAGAGAUCGCUAUACAGUCGUGUUGUCGCGGCGCGAUCUCGCUAAAAUCGUAUUUUUUUAAAAUAGUAUCUUGUGAGACUCGCGGCGCGAUCGCUAUGAUGUCGCAAAGUCGCAGCGCGAUCGCUGUACACUCGCGAUCUCGCAAUUGAAUUGCAAGAACGCAAAAGAAUUCUUUUUGUCUUAUUUCAAAGUGAGAACUUAUAUUUUCGUAUAUACAAAUAGAUAGUCCACAUUCUGUUUAUAACAUAAAUAGU